GAGUGACGUCACCAGGAGUAAGUUACAUUUCCAAAGUAGCUAUGCGAAACUGCUAGACUUGACGCGGUCGUAUAUACAUACAAAAUCAUAUAAAUGUAUAACUUUAAAUAAAAAAAGAAACUUCGGCGAUAUUAAUUGUCUGAGAUACUACUGCAAGAAAGAAGGAGGCUAGUCAUACAGAGGCAGACAACUCUGACAUUCAUCCAAAGCUCAUUUGAGCCCCAGUUAACAACCCCGUGAGCAUCACUUCAGGCGGACCGACACAGCCCAGCACCCAUUUCCUGUUGUAUUUUCAGACCAAGACCGCAGAAAAGCCAUGGGCAAGCAGAACAGCAAACUCCGCCCUGAGGUGAUGCAGGACCUGCUGGAGAGCACCGACUUCACCGAACAUGAGAUCCAGGAGUGGUACAAGGGCUUCCUGCGGGACUGUCCCAGCGGCCACCUGUCCAUGGAGGAGUUCAAGAAGAUCUACGGCAACUUCUUCCCGUACGGCGACGCCUCCAAGUUCGCCGAGCACGUGUUCCGCACCUUCGACGCCAACGGCGACGGCACGAUAGACUUCCGGGAGUUCAUCAUCGCGCUGAGCGUGACGUCGCGCGGCAAGCUGGAGCAGAAGCUGAAGUGGGCCUUCAGCAUGUACGACCUGGACGGCAACGGCUACAUCAGCAAGGCCGAGAUGCUGGAGAUUGUGCAGGCGAUCUACAAGAUGGUCUCCUCCGUGAUGAAGAUGCCAGAGGAUGAGUCCACUCCAGAGAAGAGGACAGAGAAGAUUUUCCGGCAGAUGGACACCAAUCGUGAUGGCAAGCUGUCCUUAGAGGAAUUCAUCAAGGGAGCCAAGAGUGACCCGUCCAUCGUGCGCCUGCUCCAGUGUGACCCCAGCAGUGCUGGCCAGUUUUAAACACAGCCGACCAGGCACAGUGUAAUUCACUCCUACCUCCUUUCUCCUCUGUGUUACUGCAGCUUACACAGCUCCGACCAGGAGUAGUAAUCACUCAAAUAUUCCUGUGUGAAGCAUCAGUUUACGUCACUUUCACAUGUACUUAGUACUUUUUGAUCCACUCUGCAAGGGUAUAACUUUGGGUUGAGCAUUGGAGGGAUUGAGGUCUCCUCCACCCAUUUAAGGGGGUCCAGGGGGUUGUAUUGAUUAGUUUUGAUUAUUGAGGGGUUUACAACCCCCAUCCCCCAUAAUAUUUACGCCCCUGCCACUCUGUAUAGUUUACCAUACAUUAUUUUAAAGGGUGAUUUUGCAGUGGCAACUGUAGAAAAUUUCAGUUGGGAUGGCAAUCGGGGGCCAGCAUGUUUAGGGAGGUGGCAGUGCACACCCUGAUUUUUUUAUUUUUUUUUU